GCCAAUUCGAAGCUCGGCACCUGCAGACGCAAUUAAAGCCACGAGCUGGCCAUCAUGAACCAAAUCAGGGCAAUACAGGCGCUCAACAAGAAGGAGAUUGAGCAGGGAAUCUCCCCCGAAGCAUCAUGGCACGCCGACUACCGCGACACGGCCUUUGUCUACUUUGGCGGGUUGGACGACACGCUGUCCGAGGGCGACAUCAUCACCAUCUUUAGCCAGUACGGCGAGCCCGUGUUCCUCAAGCUGGUGCGCGACAAGGAGACGGGAAAGAGUAGGGGGUUCGGCUGGCUCAAGUACGAGGACCAGCGCAGCACCGACCUGGCCGUCGACAACCUCGGCGGCGCCGUCAUCAAGGACCGCAUGAUGCGCGUCGACCACGCGCGGUACAAGGGCCGGGACGAUGAGGACGACGAGGAGUUUAGGGUCGGCUGGGAGGAUAUGAUGAAGAAGCAGGGUCAGGUCGUUGAGGAAGAGGAGGAUGAGGACGAGGAAGCGCAUAAGGUGGCGAGGCCGUUGUUGAAGGAGGAGAGGGAGCUGCAGAAGUUGCUGAUGGAGCAUGAUGACGACGAUCCAAUGAAGGAGUUCCUCGUCGAGGAGAAGAAAAAGGAGGUCGAGGAGGCGCUGGCGAGGGAACAGAAAAAGAGCAGCAGGCGGAAGGACAAGGAUGGCAGCAGGUCUUCGCGGCACCACCACCACCACCACCACCAUCACAGAUCCUCGCGAAAGCACAGGGAAGAAAGCGAUGACGAGGCAAACUCGGACAGGAAACGGAGGAAGCGGAGGGACGACAGCCGUUCGCGUGAGAGGAGACGGCGGGACGAGGACAAGGACAAACACAGGGACAGGGAUAGUCGGCGACGGGAUGAUUCCAAGGACCGGAGAAGGCGGGAGAGGGACGACGAUGGGCACCACCGGAGUAGAGAUCGCGUUCGACAGGAUAGUCGGAAUAGGGACAGGGAUAGGCAUGAUCGGGAGCGGCAUAGGCGGCUGCACGAUAGUCGCGAGCGCCAUGAGCGAAAGAACGAGAGACCAAGGAGCAGGUCACCGAGGGACUGA